AUGUUUGGCAAGCGUAGAAAGGGUGGAGAAGACCACGACCCGGAAGUCUAUUUUUGUUCUUAUGGUGAAGCUGUGAUUGCUGAAGACCUAGUGCGGGGGUGUUCCGUAGGCAUUGAUCCUUUGUUCUCUUCUGCACUGCGAGGGCGGGAAGUGAAAGUAUCUUUCUUUCUUUCUUUCUUUCUUUCUUUCUUUCUUUCUUUCAUUCUUUCUUUUACGGCCAAGGCUUUGUCUGUUCCUAUCUAUCUAUCUAUGAACAUAUAUGUAUAUUCUUUCUUUCCUUGUGUUUUUCUUACGCAAUUGCCUGCUUUUCAAAGGGAGACAAUUCUUUUGGACCACACUCUAUCUAUCUAUCUAUCUAUCUAUCUAUCUAUCUAUCUAUCUAUCUAUCUAUCUAUCUAUCUAAGGCUAUUUGAAUGUAUCUAUCUAUCUAUCUAUCUAUCUAUCUAUCUAUCUAUCUAUCUAAGGCUAUUUGAAUCUAUCUAUCUAUCUAUCUAUCUAUCUAUCUAUCUUAUGCUGAAUCUAUCUAUCUAUCUAUCUAUCUAUCUUAGGCUGAAUCUAUCUAUCUAUCUAUCUAUCUAUCUAUCUAUCUAUCUAUCUAUCUAUCUUAGGCUGAAUCUAUCUAUCUAUCUAUCUAUUCAUCUAUCUAUCUAUCUAAGGCUAUUUGAAUCUAUCUAUCUAUCUAUCUAUCUAUCUAUCUAUCUUAGGCUGAAUCCAUCUAUCUAUCUAUCUAUCUAUCUAUCUAUCUAUCUAUCUAUCUAUCUAAAGGCUAUUUGA